AUGCGAAUGAGCCCUCUAUGUAUUCCUACCGAUGAAUACCCUAUUCCCGACGGCACAUCGGAAGACUACCUCUUCCUAGACAUGUAUAGCCCGACUCAGGCAUACAGUGCCUCCAAGCCAUUACUAGUCUUCGUUUGUAUCCUAGGCGGGGGAUAUAAUGAAAAUGGUGAUGCCAAUUAUAAUGGGACUGGUUUGAUUCAAGCGUCAAAUAUGGGAAUUGUGUUAGUGACGUUCAACUAUCGAGUUAGGCCGUAUGGGUUCUUGGCUAGUGCAGAGGUGGUGGAGGACGGAAUCCGAAUAAUGGCACAAAAGAUUCGAUCAAGGUCCUGGAAUGGGUGCAAUAACAUAUCAGGAAGGUUAUUUGGCGGUGACCCCAACCACGUAGUCGUUGGAGGCAGUAAUGCCGGCGCAGGCUUCAUCACCCUCCUCCUCACUGCCUACGGCGGCCGCAAUGAUGGCCUAUUCCAUGCCACAGCCGCCGGAUCCCAAAGCUUCGCUGCCACGAACACUAUCAACCAAAGCCAAUUCGCCUACGACAACCUCGUCAUACGCACCGGCUGCGCCAGAAGCACUAAUACCCUUAACUGCCUCCGAAACCUCGACGCCGGAACCCUUUAA